UAACACUUCUUUUACCGACCCUAAGUCAUUUUUUUCUCCCCAAACCUCUCUCACGCCCGACCCAACCCAAUCCCGACCGGCGCUGCAGCAGCAGGUCGCGCCACCAUUCCUGAACGGCGCGCCGCCUCGACCAACAGCAACAGCAACAGGUCGCAGCAGCAGCGCAGAUCGGCGGCAGCUGCAAUCUCCGGUAACAGCUACAAACAGAGGGAGUAUACAUCAAAACUCACUUGGCAGCAGCGAACUCCGGCAGUGACGUGUUGAAAGGGUUGAUUUUGCCUGCUAGGCAAUUGAGGAAGCUCAACAUCUAAAAAAAGUUGAUACAAGCUUCUUUCAUCAAAGUAGGAGAUAAGAUGGUAGAUAAAGACAAGGGUAAAUCAAAUAUAUCCGCUAAUCCAAAAAAGAAAUUUAAGGUCAAUGCUAUUAGAAGGCCCACUGGGGUCGUGAUAUCUGAUGAGCCCUCUCGAGUUAAUAUUUCAAAACGAGCCUCAGUUUCAGCUACUCGCUCGGUACACCAUUCACAAAAUGCCUCUAUUCAUUUGUUUAUCAAACCUGAACUUUGGAAGUACCAAACGCCCAACCCCUAACCUUAAUUCCCUCCUUAUUAUCUCCAUCCAGGAGCUGAUAAAUUCCACAAAAUCUCAAUGGCUUCAAAACUCUCUUCUUGUUUAGCUUCUCGUCUAGCUUCCCAUUGCCUUCGUUCUGCCGUCACUGGUGCUGCCACAACCACCGCUGCUCUAUCCAAAUCUCACCCUUUGAUUUCAGUUUUCCACCACCAAUCGCAGCCAUUAGUAUUUCCCCAUUUCAAUACCAACCAAACUGUUUUCACCCUCAGAUCCUUCUCUACACUCUCCCGGCCCGCACGAUCUCACCUUUCAGCUCGGCCUGAUAUCGCAGCCAAAGCCUGGCAACUCCAAACCCGCCGUCUGUGGACCUAUGCCAUCACAUUCAGCUGCAUAGCAGGAUUCAUAGUAAUAGUCCUUAACCAAUUCCAAGACCAACUUGUAUUCUAUUUAACCCCUACAGAUGCUCUAGCAAAACAUGCUGAAAACCCUACAAGAUCCAAAUUUCGACUCGGUGGAUUAGUACUAGAAAAUAGUGUAACACCAAUACCUAAUUCCCCAGAAAUGGAAUUUGUGAUAACUGAUUUGAUUACUGAUAUUUUGGUUAAAUAUGAUGGGUCGUUACCGGAUCUUUUUCGGGAAGGGCACUCCGUUGUAGUAGAAGGGUUUAUAAAGCCAUUUACUGAAGAGAUGAAGAAGAAAGAGAAUGAAAUCUUGAGUGAGAAAAAGUUACAGCUUACUGAGAAGGCGAGAAGUGGGGAUUGUUAUUUUGCAGCUACUGAAGUGUUGGCUAAACACGAUGAGAAGUAUAUGCCUCCUGAAGUUGCAGCUGCACUUGAGAAGAAUAAGCAGUUGCUUAGUCAGAUGGAAGGGAAUGAGGAAGAGGGUGAUGAUGCAGCACCUCCAGCUAAUGCGAGGGCGUAAGUCAGCCAAUUAUAGAGUAUGGUAAAAAUUCUAAUUGAUUAUUUUCCCGAAAUGGAGUUUUGUUAAAUUUCAAUUAUGAUUAUACUAUUGAAGGAAGUUAGAAAAAUGAAGGAAUAUAUAUAGUUGGUUUACUGAGGUUAUACAAAGAAUUUUGUUGUUAUAGAUUUUAUGUCCUGUACUAACCCUAAGGAAUGGGGUUUCAGUUUAGAAAUUUUGGAAUAUUUAGUGAAUAAAUGACAAUAAUUAUUUUUUAUGA